UAUUCAAAGACUAUUCAAAGACUAUUCAAAGGUGAAAAUCUAGCACGUCCUCCUUGCACGACAACUACGAUUAAUACCGAUCCUAUCCUUCGCCUUGUGAUUUUCGGCGCCCAUCAGAUCUCCCUCAGCGAUCAUCAUGAGUUCCAACCAAGAUGGUGGAUUCGACUUCAAACUCUACCGCUACACGCCUUCACUUGUCGCAGCAGUCAUCUUCAUUGUCCUUUUCGUUCUGAUAACGACUUAUCAUCUGUGGCAAACCUUUCGUUCGCGGUCCUGGUACUUUCUGAUCUUCGUAGCGGGUGGAAUCUUCCAAAUAAUAGGAUACAUCUGUCGCGCGCUAGCUCAUUCUAACAAGGAAUCCGUACCCAUCUAUGCCGUCGGAACGGUGCUAGUCCUACUUGCACCGCCUCUUUACGCUGCGUCAAUAUACAUGACACUAGGCCGAAUCAUCAGAUAUCUAGACGCAGAACGGCUGAGUCCCAUAUCCACCAAAUGGCUCACAGCGAUCUUCGUCACCGGCGACAUAGUUGCCUUCUUAGCCCAGUCAGCAGGAGGCGGCAUCAUGUCAGCUGGAAGUAUCAGCGCCAUGCAUACGGGAGAAAACAUCACAAUUGCUGGUUUAUGCGUGCAACUGGCUUUCUUUACCGUUUUUAUUAUUGUAUCCACCAUCUUUCAUAGACGCAUCGGCAAGAAUCCGACCCCGAGGUCUGCUGGGACUACUCUGGUUCCUCGUCACUGGCGCGAAGCUACCUGGGAGACUGUCAUGUUGGGAUUGUACAUUGCCAGUGUUCUGAUCUUGAUCCGCUCGAUCUUCCGUUUGAUUGAGUAUGCGCAGGGCAACGAUGGGUACCUGAUCAGUCACGAGGUAUUCAUGUAUGUGUUUGAUGCGACCCUGAUGUUCAUCACCAUGGUGGGAAUGAGUAUAUUCCAUCCUUCCAAGGUUUUGAGUCCGUCGGCAAAGGAAGAGGCGGCUUCGGAAGGAUCAUAUACGAUGACCACGCAGCUACAGCGGGAUGACUCCGUAUGAUUUACGUUAUUGUUUUGGGCCUGGUAAUGACUUGCCCUGUACUGUACGUAUUAGAAGGAUACAUUAAUUAUGAACGAUUAUUCUUACGUUGUUGAA